UUUUGAAUCCCUUUCUAUAUUUGAACGACUUUUAAACCCGGAAGAAGCAUAAGCAAUCAGAACUGUUACGUAUUUCAUGUCAACAACAUGGCUGGGUGACAGUGAAUACCGUUAGUCACUAACAAGACACAUCUAACGGGGGCUGUUCAAUUAAUUCUUUAAAGCUGUGUAAUUUUUAGAGGUUGUUUCGAGCCUUAUCGCUAAAAUGUUCACUUUCACGAAAGUUAGACUAGCUGUAAUCGGGAUUGGACGGCAGUGCGUUUCAGCAAGGGCUCUCAAUGGAGCGCGAGCGGCGUGCAGAGGAUUCACGUCCUACUCGCCCGACGAUGAAUCCAGUACAUGUGUGAAUGAGCUCUAUGACAUUGUAAUAUCCGGCGGGGGAAUGGUGGGCACCGCGAUGGCAUGUUCGCUGGGACUUGAUCCAAAUUUGGCAGGAAAGAAGAUUCUUUUGCUGGAAGCUGGUCACAAAAAAGAGACAGACAGGGUACCAGAGACAUACAGUACAAGGGUCAGCUCCAUCAGCCCAGGCUCAGCAACACUUCUUAGUGGUAUUGGUGCAUGGGGCCAUGUUGUCAAUAUGAGGUGCAAGCCAUAUAAUAAAAUGCAGGUUUGGGAUGCUUGUUCAGAUGCCCUGAUUACAUUUGAUAAGGAGAAUCUGCAGGAUGAGAUGGCUUACAUCGUUGAGAACGAUAUCAUUUUGGCCUCCCUUACUAAACAGCUGCAGACCCUCUCUGACCGUGUUGACGUGCAGUACCAAACAAAAGUGCUGAAAUAUACCUGGCCCAGGCCAUACCACGUUGCAGAGUCCAUCCCUUGGGUUGAAGUGACACUGGGUAAUGGAAAGACUCUCCACACCAAACUUUUAAUUGGAGCUGAUGGGCCGAACUCAAUGGUGCGAAGAGAGUCCGGCAUCCCUACUGUUAAAUGGAAUUACAACCAAUCAGCUGUUGUUGCCAUUUUGCAUUUAUCUGAGCCCACAGAAAAUAACGUGGCCUGGCAGAGGUUCCUCCCAACUGGACCCAUUGCAAUGCUUCCUUUGUCAGACACUGAGAGCUCACUGGUCUGGUCAACCAGUCUACAGCAUGCUGAAGAACUUCUAGAGCUGGAUGAGGAGAGCUUUGUGGAUGCCAUUAACUCUGCAUUUUGGAGUAAUGAGAACCAUUCUGAGCUGGUGGAGACUGCCGGCUCUUUGUUCCGGACUGCCCUGUCUGUCCUCAUGCCCGACAGCGGCUCUGCACGUCAGCUUCCACCUAGUGUGUCAGGAAUUGGCCCAAAAAGCAGGGUCAUGUUUCCGCUGGGUAUGGGUCAUGCCACAGAGUACAUCCGCCACAGAGUGGCCCUUAUUGGAGAUGCUGCACACAGAGUCCAUCCGUUAGCAGGCCAAGGUGCCAAUCUAGGCUUUGGCGAUGUUGCUUGUCUCACGCAAGUUCUUAGCCAAGCAGCAUUUAAUGGAAAAGACCUUGGAGCCAUGCAGCACCUGUUGGAGUUUGAGACUGAGCGCCAACGACACAAUCUUCCCAUGAUGGCAGCCAUUGACCUCAUGAAGCGGCUCUACUCAACUAAUGCUGCACCCAUGGUUCUGCUUCGUACCCUUGGCCUUCAAGCUACAAAUGCACUGCCACCUCUUAAAGAGCAGAUCAUGGCUUAUGCUAGCAAGUGAUGACUAGCUGCAUACUGGAUGUUCGCAGGAUCUCUUUAGACAUGUCAAAACUGUGGUCAUGCAAUGUAAAAUUGUAAAUUAAUAAAUAUUUUAUCUCUUAUUCUAC